AGUUCAGGAAGUUGACAGCCCACAGUGGUAUGAAAAGCACAAUUGAGGCUCUUUAAACCUCCAAAGAACGGCUGGGAAAAAACUAAUUUGGAAUUAAUUUGUCAGAACUGCAUAAUCGGAUCCAGAACAGGAGGUAACGGAGGUCCUCUUUAUCUUGAGAAUGCGUAAUAGAAGUUAUGGCCAGUUUUAUGGGUGUAUUCAACGUUAGCAUUUGUUACCGUGAUACGAGUGGCCGUCGUUUGCCUCUUCUCCACGGGUCGAACUUCUCUUCUCCCCGGCUGUACAGUGUUAAGGCUGCGAUAUUCUUGUUCUUAUCACAGCUUCGCUUCACUCUUCAGGCUAAAAUGUGUGGUAGCUUUUUACUGGUCCAUCGAUUGUGGCACUCGGCACAGAUCUCCAUGUUGGCUCCAUCACAUUGUUUUUUAGAUCGGCAGAUCGUGACUCGUAUCUUGCAGUCUGAUCUUUGGUCUCUGAUGUGUCUGUUGGUGUUUUCUCGUAGAGUCUUAGUGCUGUUUUCAGUCAUGUUUUUUUCUCAUUUUCAUCUUUUUAACAUCUUUGUUUUGUUUUGUUUUGCUAGUUGCUGCAUAUCAUCCACACCUUGCUGAUCAGCAUGGAUCCCUCAGUUCUUCGUCUGCAAAGUCAGAACAAAGUCAGAAGUGACUGUCUGAGGUAAACCAAAGAAGAUAGACAGACUAUAGACACAUUUUACCAUGUUCUUAUAUUUUUGUGUUAUUUGUUAUGCAUCUGAUGACAGGCGAGUUAUUGCCUUGAACCUAUUUUUAAAAAGAUGAUUCCUGAAUUUCAAUCUAUUUAAUCUAUUAUUCUAUUUAUCAAGAAACGUGUCCUGUGUGAAUGAUUGCAUUAACACAAAAUUUAAUUGGGACUUUGGCUUCCACCAAAAAUUCUAAAGAAAUAUGCAGGGAAACCUACUUAGACUUGCCAAAGUAAAGCACAAUUUUUAAUCUGUGUAAACAACAAAAUCUGUUGACGUAACACUGCUUUUCUCCACUCAGAAUGAAGAAUGAAAACAACAAAAUGCCAGCUCAACCAAAGCCUUCCAAAGCCCAGUCUGUGCCCCAUUUUUCCAAUCACAACAUUGAGAACCAGGACCCAGAAAACCCACAAAUGGGUAGAAAAGCACCUGUGCGCUCAGGUGUGAGUAGGCUACCAGUGCUUGCAAAGUCACUCCACCUUCAGACUCCUUCUGACUUCAGUCAGUCACACAGUAAAUGGGAAGAAAAACCUCUAGCUGUAAGUGACCCCUUCCUUCCUUCCUUUAGAUUUUUUUUCUUUUCAUUUAUAUCUUAUGAUGUUCUAUGUUUUUAAUAUGAUGUAUAAUAUUUCUGCAGGGAAAGGCUAAGAAGAAAAAGCCAUGCACUCGACCCAUACCUUUUAACUUCUCUCAGCCAAAGAGCUCCAGAGUUGCCUCUGAAAAUCAACAGCCCCCAACACUUUCACAAACAAGGACUGGUACUCACACUGUUAAACCUAAUAACGAUGCACGUAAUGUUCCUUUAAAGGCCCAAAACAUUAGUUCAAAACCAAUAAAACACUCUGCUACAUUAAACAGCAUUGUGGACUCAAGCAAUGGUACAGGGAAGCCUUAUGGGAAGGCAACAGAAAAUGCAUCUGAGCUGUCAGGAGAGUCUGUCCCUUCCAUCACUUUUAAGACUUCAUCCACUUUGUCCCGACCUCUGUCUGCUGUUUCUAAUAACGCUUUGCACCAAAACCACGACAGUACUUCCUCUGCACAGUCCAUCCUCAAUACAGAAGCCUGUUUGAAAAACAUGAACCAGCUCAGUCUCAAAGAUCCAACCAAGUCAUCCCAAGCUAGCCAGAACAUGCCGCUGACCACACAGGGCAACUUUUCCAAAAGUUCAGCAGGUGAGUUAAGUGUGUUUUUGGGACUGCAUUAUCAUUGCUUUUGAUUAGUUUAAAAUCUCUCUAAUUCAACUAUGCAUAGCAAUUGGCACAUCUGCUCUGUGAUUUGAGGUUUUUAUGUCCUCCCUGAAGACAAACCUUUUCUUCUUAGCUUUUAAUCAAGUUUAAACAGACUUCUGGCAAAUUUGAAUGUAGUUGAAAUUGAUUCUAUUCUAUUUUAUUUUAUAGCACUGUGUUUAUGUACUUAAGUAUUUAUUGUAUGUAUUGUAUUUGCUACAUUGUAUGGGUUGUUUUUUAUCACCCGUGCUGCUUUUAAUCUGUACAGCACUUUGGUCAACCCUGGUUGUUUUAAAUGUGCUCUCUAAAUAAAAAUCACUUUAGCAGGUGCACUCAGAACAUAGUUUUGCAACAAUUGGAUUUCCUUAUGGAGAUUCAUGCUGUGACUUUGAAAACGAGAGCUCUCUUUUUUUAUAAGGAUGGUAUGCUACAAUCUUUCCAAAUUCUUCCAGAAAAAGUGGAGAACUUCCAGCCUGACCAUGCAGCUUUGCUGAGUAUCCUACGAAAUGAAGGAAUAAGUGCAACAGGUUUGGGAUCUGCAACUCCAAAAUCCCAACCCUAUAAUUAUGUGGUGAGUUGGCUCUAUAAUUGUUGUUUACGGCCUUCUUUUACAAUGUCUUUUAGGCCCCACACUUUCCCAAUAAUGAGAUAUUUUUUCGGGAUGCUUAUUUUUGUCUGGUGUCUGAUUUCACUGUUUAAAAAUUUACCCCACUGUGACCCUUUUUUAAACUGCAAAAUAUAAUUUUUUAAACCAUUCGUAUAUUUCUUUAUCGUUUACUUGUUUGCAGCCCCAGCGAGUGUCUGUCAUGAAGAGUCGACAAAAACCUGGAGUCUCUUCCGGUAAGCACAAAGUUAGGGACAUGAUGUGUGUGAGAAAGACAGGGGACAACAACAGCAACAACAACAACAGCUCAUACAGAGUCCUGGUUACAGAGCCAAUAAUGAUGGAAGAAAAUGAGCUCUGUUUACAGGAUCAGGAAAUAAGUAUUAACGGACUGCUGUUAAAUUAAUUAAGAAGUCAGCAGGCCUAAUAGUAGUUAACUCUAGCUUUAUGUUAUUAAUGUCAGUGAGGCUGAUAUCCACAGCAACAGUCCAGAGGAACCUAAGAGAUGAAGGAGCUCAGGGACACUCAGAGAGAGCUGUUGUUAAUAACUAUAUCGGGACAUGAAGAUAUGAAAUAGAGAUAGAGACAGACAAGAGCUCAGUGUGCCAGUUCCCCUAGCAGUCUAAACCUAUAAACCGCUAUAAUCUUAUAUCAGCAUAACUAAGACCUGGUUAAAGCCUAACCAGCCCUAACUGUAAGCUUUAUCAAAGAGGGAAGUUUUAAGUCUACUCUUAAAAGUUGAGAGGUUGUCUGCCUCCUAAACCUUGAGCGGUAAAUGAUUUGCGAGUUAAAUAACCAAUUUAUGAAUAAUGCUCUUGAGUGUUAACUUGCAAAACAGCUGGGGAAUUUUAUGAUCUACAUUAUAUUAUGUUCUUAAAAGACUGAGAGAAACUGGAGAAAUCUGUGUUCAAAAGAGACAGGGCCCUAAAUCAAGGCUGAAUGGCUGUGAUCAUCAGGUGAAGUUAUAAACUGUUCUGUAUUCUGACAAAUCUUUUUGGAAAUCAGGGAUGUUGCUCCCCCAAUUCCAACAAGGAAACGAUCACCCAGUUUUUUCUUUUUUUUUUUUAAUCAGUGCACACCUCAGCAGCCAGCACCCAUGGUGUUAUGAUAGCAUACACACCACACUGAUGCUGAAUAAUAACUACAGGUUUUGGAGCAAUAUAUGUUGCCAUGAGAUAAUGCUUUUUCAGGUAAGACCUGGCAUAGCACAGUAAGAAAAUGCUCGAAUACAUUUUGCACGCAUCAUAAACUGCAUGGCUUUGUAGAAGAAAAGGCAUUUGAUGCAUCAUGACACAAAAAUGAUAACAAAGGAGACCUCAUACCGGUGAUCAGCUGAAAUCCAAUAUCAAGUAAAUGGGACAAUUCAAAAACCCAGAAACUAGUCUCUUUGUUUCCCAAAUGUCUAUGGAGCAUCAUUAAAAGGAAAGAUGAUGCAAAACAACAGGGGAACAUAUCCCUGUCUUCUUAUCUGGGUCAGAUUUACAAUGAGGGUAAAGAUUUUCAUACAAUAAAUAAAUUUUUUAGUUUCAAAAUUGAAUAUAUUCUCUUUGUGUUAUUUUCAAUCAAACUAAAGGCUUUGAACAAUUUGAAAAACCAUCAUUUGACAUGAUUUCAUGACUCUUUGGAAUUGCAGUUACAAAACGACAGUAUUCAGUAUGAACUAAGGUUAUAAAGAGGAAAAUACAUGGUCUUGCUUUUAUACAUCUGUUAACUCUGUUCUCUUUCGUUCUCCUCACAGCAUCAGUAAAGUCACUGCAGUUCUCCCCAGACCCCGCUGCAUUGCAGAGUAUCCUGCAGAAUGAGGGAGUAAAGGCUGUCGGUGCCACACCUAGAAACCCAGUCCGUCCAUCGGGCAGAGGCACUUCAGUCUACACAGUAUGAACACAUGAGGAUUGUUUUACCCUAGCUAAUUAUUCAAUUUUCAGCACCUUCUUUUAUUAACUAUAUUGUCUGUUGACUCCUUUCUCAGGCUCAGAGAGUCCCAGUUAAGAAGAAUCAUAACGAAGCUAAUGGAGGACCAGCAGGUGAGAUGAGGGUUUGCUGUUUGAAUACUUAAGGUACACUCACACUAGGCCCAGUUCCUUCGUACCGUACUGGAGGAUGUUUGUCCCCUCACCCUAGUCUUCCGCUGGCCAGUCCCUUGCACUGCUCCAGACUCAAAUGGGCCUGAGAACGAUUACCUACAUCAUCCUUGGUUUACAAGAACUGAAGUCUCAUAGUCAGCACUGCAACAUAGAGGACAUAACUGCAGAUUUACUGACUUGUGGCAGAGUCAUAUUUGACUGUUUUCUGCCAGCUAUUGGUAAUUUUUCCAGAAUUUUGGCUAAAGAGAGCAACUAUCAGUCAAAGCUUGAAUGUGCAAUUCGAUUAACAGACAUUAGAUAGUAAUAAAACACACGAACACUGGUUGCUUUGGUGUAGUGUAACUUUCUUUAGACUUAAUCCUGAUCAGUGGGGGACUGUAACAGUACUGAUUGGUGCUUUCCUUCGUGUGCUGAUUCAUAUCAUGCAUACCAUGCUCAGUUUAAUCGUUGAUUCCUCCUCCUCCGCCAGUACAAAAGCCACAUUUUUACCGUCUUUCCUCUCAUUCUUUUGAAAUAAACAGAUGAAUGUUUUCUUGCUUUUUUUGUUAAGCAAACUUGACAGCCUGGCAGCAUUCAGGUCCUGUCGUUUCCUCUGUUUGUGUUUGAGUGUGUGCAUCAGCAAACAUACUCACCAUUGUCAGUAUGGCCAGGGCCAGGGCCAAGAAGUGCUUUGAGCCUCACUCAAGUCAAACUGGACUUUAGGAGCUGAAAUGUACUGACAGACUGCCAAAUGUGAGUGCACUCUUGUUCAAUGUUUUACCCUGACUACAUGACUUUUUUUUUGUCUCUGCAGUAGCGCUUAAAGAAACCCCCCUGAAGAAAUGGACUCCACAGAGAGUCCGUGACACCAAGCAUCAGCCCAUGUCUGCAGUGGUUAGUGAACACGUAUUGUACGAUGACUUCCUAUUUUUGUUUUCUUAAUGCGUCUCAUAGUAACUCCCUUAUCUUAUGACGCUUUCAGAAAUGGCAUCUGUCAAAACAUCAGUCACCAUAUGGCAGCACUCCAGGGCCGCGGAGCUUGAAAACCAGCCUUCAACCCCAUCAGGAGGUAAGUGUGGUAAACUAAGUGAGUAUAAGUCUAUGGAAAUAGUCUCUCGACACAGACACAACCCCGGAGUCUCAUAGACAGGAUGCUGAAAGCAGAUUUGUAUUUUAUCAAAUCUGUCUAAAAAGCAUAUGCUUUACCCUGGUACACUGAUAGAGACCAUUAAGUCUUUAGUACAGUUUCAAAUGCACAGUGGAACAUAAAUCAUGUGCAAGACUAUGCUGCACUUUUUAUCCUGUUGCUUUUCAAGCCACAUAACCAUUUAUUCAUACAGCCUUCAUGUUUGUUUUCAGGAAGUUGUCCAGAGACUUUUUUAUGGUAAAGAGGACCAGCCGUGUACGAAUGUGGCAGAGGAUGAUCCUGAGACACAAGAAGAGCAGCUCUCUGUAAAAAUCAAAACCGGAGACAGUGACCUGAAGAACAAACCCCUAUGCGAAGAAAAGAUAGACACCAGCAGGCCCAGUGAGGACAAGGAGGAUAAUGAGCAGAAGCAACAGGAGCUGGGGGUUCUGGGACGGCAGCCAUUCUUCCAAGCACCACAGAGGGAGUCUGUCAUUUUUUUCUCAACCGGCAAAAAAUUGUUAAGAGCUCCACGUUUUGAGAAGCAGGAGGACUCAGUCCUUCAAGAGCAGCAUGGCCUGGUUUCAUCAGCACAGUCAAACAAGCUGCCAGCGCACGAAGAGAAGCCAUUUGUGUCAGCACCAUCACAUCAGAACUUCCCUGCUGUUCAGAGUCUUCACAGAGGUAUCCCCACUCUAAUCAUCCUACUGUGUCACACAUACAUUCAUCAUUAUCUUGAAUUCUCACUGUCGUGUCUUUAUCUAUUACAGACCUUAUUCUUCAGAAAGCUUGUUCCAAGAGUCCUGCAGUUGCACUGCUGCGUAAUCGCCUCCCUCAGCUUGAGGAACUGCGUCUAGAUGAAGAGGUGGCCACCUAUACAUCUGUUGCUAUCCAGGCUGCUCCGGGGUCUCUUUCUCCUCGACCUCGAUGUGGAAACCCAGUGGCUUCCUUCCUGCACUUUGAAGAGUUGUCUGUAAGUAUAUUUCUAACAUAGGACUCUUGUAGGGGCGUUCAAUGAAGAACUUUUGACAUUAAAAGUGAAAAUAACGCUGUUCUUCAAUGAGGAGUCAGAGUUGAUGUAAUUUUCACUUUUACGAGUUUUCUGCCAAUGUGUUAUUCUGUUGGAAAAGUCCAAAGUCUCAGCACUUUACCAGAAGUUGCAACAAAAGACAAUUUAAAAUAAAGGGUUGCUGAGAGAUUGGAUGCAGUGGAAUGCACCAUGCAGCUUUGAGUGCAGACACAAAAGUGAGACGUUGAAUACUGUGAUCAUGACUACACUGUAUAUCCUCACCAAGAGAAAAUAAAGGUUAAUGUAACAGUAGGAAAAGUUAUCAAACCAAAUGUUAUCUGUUAGUGAGCUUGCAGGCUAAUGUUAGGUCUUUUGUUGUUGUCGUUGUUGUUGUUGUUGUUGUUGUUGUUGUUGUUUUUGCUCACUAGUAACAUCUAACUCUCCAAGUUUUUUAUUCCACAAUAUCCCAAGCUAAGUGGCGGCUUGACCAGCCAUACACUUUCUUUUAAGACUUGAGAGUCAAUCUGUCUCUAUCCAUGUUUCCUCCUUUUUGACCCAAAAUAACACGUUACUCACCACUGAACUUCAGUUCACUAAUACAGCCUCUGAGCUUAUCAGUGACAUAUAUCAAAGCACAUGGGAAAUAAAAACGUUUGAAUUACCUACACAAUAUUCUUAGACUCAAAAUGAUCCAGGCUUAAUCCUUUUCUUUAUUUUGUUUUCCAGAGAUUUGUCCCGAUCUGCUGCAGCCCCUCUGACUCUACUUCUCCACAGAGCUCCCCACUCUAUGAGAGAUAAUUUGCACUACUAAAUGUUUUACCUUAACUGACUGAAUCGAGACGUUCGCUCUGUCGUCUAAGGAGUGAUGUUUGUCAAACACUGGUGUUGCUGGCCUCAGUGUUAGUCCAAAGAAUGCUGCUGUUACUUUUUUUUUUUAAACCUUUUCUUUCUUACAAAUGUUUUCUGUAAAAAAAAAAAAAAAAAAGAUCUAUAUCUGUUGGAAAAAUAGGAAACAUCCUUCAAACUGCAGGCGCUCGUGUUUGCCUAAAGUCUGGGUGAGCUCCUAUUGGAAAUAUUAUAAAUGACUUCAAUCAAUUCAACAAUUAAACUAAUGUAUGAAACAGUCUUGAAGGCCUGUCAGUGUUACAGUUAUAGUAUUCAUAGAGAGUAGGAUGGCUUAGAGAGUAUUGUUGAUUUCACAUUUUUAACACACCAGACUCUAUUUUGUGAAUUUGAAGAUUGUUUUUGGUGCACAAUCUUUAUAAAUAAAAUUCUAUAUGUAAAUGUU